GGCACCGUCUCCCCAAGUUCCCCCCGGCAAGUUGAAGUCUCCGGCGGCUUCCACGGUGGGAGCCCGGCGGCCUGUCAGAGGCUUGAAGCCGCCCGGCCGGCCGCCGCUCGCUUGAAAUGCCCGGCACUGAUGACGGACGGAAGCCUGUUCAGCCGCGGACGAGCGGCGGACUACUUCAGGUAUCCCGGCGGUCGCGGCGCCGCUUCAAGGCAUAUGAUAGCCUGCAGUCUCCGAGUCUACCGUACUGCCAGGGUCGGACCGGUCCAGGCAAGUCCGAUCUCACUGCCGAGUCCGGCACGGCUCAGCGGCUGCCCCGGGCCGCGCCUUACAUCGCCGCCCGGGGCGGAAUCAUCAUCGAGAGCCCCGGGAGCCUUCGACGGCUCUGUGACCCUUCACUGAUCAGUGGCUUCCUACCUGGCAGUGCUUGACAGUGAUGCUGCUGCAGCCGCUCGGGUUCCGCUGCCAGUGACUUGUGCAGUCCCAGUCCGUGCCAUGUACUGGUCAGUCGUAGCGCUCGCCGUUCUCAGCCCGGGGAUUUGGAGCCUUCCGGCCGUGAAACUCUGCGAGGGAACAUCGCUAUGCUGGCGCGAAUCCUCAAAACAAUCCAGUGAGGCUCUGAGAGCCACGGCCUUGAAGCAUCAUGGGCAUCAAUCCACUUCAACCCGAUCUUCGAUCUGUGCCAAGCUGAAUAAUUUUCGCAAACGAGGCCCGUCACCGGACUGUUCAGGUUCUGGGCCAGGCGCUAACGGUCGCUUAAGUCUGCGCGGAUGCCAGGCUGUAGACACCCGCCAAGGCCUGGGAGGUUCAUUUGAC